AUGAUCGCCGCAAUGAGGCCAUCGCAUGCGCAUUCGACUGCGCCAUCCGUCCACUCGAGACCAAGCUCACGUAACUCGUCGCAUACCAACUCAUCCACAAUCGCCUCUCCUUCCACGCAGUCCAAGACGGACAAGCUCGCUGCCAAGGUAUCCUCCAAUGUCGCCAACGGCGUCUCUGGCAAGAAAGCAUCAGCUGCCAAAAAAGCCGUCAAAUCGCAACGGCAAACCGCCUCCGCCGACACGUCCAAUCCCUCCGAAAAGCCCACACCUAUCCCCGGUCUCAUCACCCUCACCAAGCCAAUGACCGAAGAAAUGCAGUCAUCGAAGCAGCCGUCUGGCUCCUCCAAAGGCAAGAAGAGCAAAGAGGCCAAAUUUGCUGCCGACGAAGCCUCCUCGACCCCCAUCAAGACUUCACGUUCCAAGAAAUCCAAGUCGUCGCCGAAAGUGGACGCAUCCGAGAUGCUUUUGUCCAAGUCGGCUCCAUCUGCCACUCUCAGUCAUGUUCAGCAACCUGCGCAGAACAAGCACACGGGCAACGGCGCCGAGCAGGCGUCCGGUCUCACGUGGCAGCAAGAAAUGUUCAAGAACGCUUCCAACUCCAACUUGGACCUCUCGCAGCACGGCAGUGGCUCCAAGCGUCACAACAAGAAGUCGAACCCACAAGGUGCGACCACCAAGCACGACGGCAACCUGGCUCACCCUCAGAAGGUGGUCCAAGAUGGUCGUGACUCGCCUGCCUUGACUUGGCAGCAGGAGCUCCUGGGAGCCAAGAAGCGCACUGGGCCUCACUUUGACGUCUUUGCCGAUGCACGCGACGUCGAAACGUUUGGCGCUGAAGAUGGCUCUGCCCAUGGCCAUAGUCAAGCUAACGGCAAAGCUGGCAAGAGGCGACCCCGGGCUGGUAGUUUUGGCUCGGGCGCCGUCCAGAAGAACGGCAAGGGCCCCGGUAAGGGCCGCGGCAAUGACUUGCCUCUUCACAUCGACGACCUGUUCGAGUCGGCAAAGGGUGACGGUAUGGUCAAAUCCAAGUCUGCCCAAUCUCAGCGCAACGCCGGCGCUGCCGGCAGUGCUGCCCACCUGCCCACCCAAUAUCCCCCGCAUGGCGCGCCUAUCCACAUCGCGCCUUCCACGCCCGUCAAGAAGGCCAACAACAGCGCCAACCAGCAACAUCCCGCAGUGGCCGCCAUUGCCUACGCCGGUCCGAACUUCCACAACUCGCCCUCACCCGCCAGCCUGCCCGCUCCCAAGUUCCAGAAUCGUCUCAGCAAGAACAGCUCCGAGCUUGAGCAAGGCAGCCUGCGUCCUUCGUCGCUCGCAGCCGGUAGCAGUGGCGAGUCCGGUGGCAGCGACGAUGAUGAGGGAGAGCAAUUAACGCGUGACGUGCGUGGCGCUACCGCCCCAGCCGAGUUGACUGCAACUCCUUCCAAGGCGCCUACACCCGCAGCCUUGCCCUCUCGCAACACUGCUGCAGCUGAGUCGCCCGCACCCAAGCCUGGCAUGCAGCCGGGCGCGACUGUUGAGAGUCUUCUCGCUCGCAUGCUUGGAGGCGCACGUCUCAAUUGA